ACAUUUGGCUUGUUGUUAUAGCUUCAGGGGUUUUAUUUUGAAAAGACACAGCACCGGGAAGGUGUGGACCAUUACUUCCGCUAAGCUUGUCAGUGCGAGCAAAACUGAUGUCCUGGACCCGUCUACUCAGGCUUUUAGGAACCGCAGGAAGUCAACUUUCUCAUCCCUAAAAAUAAACCCACAAGAUUAUCAGCAGCCAUGGAUUCACAAGCAACCCCACAGCCAGUCAUGUGUGAGGUCUGUGGAACAUACUUUGAGACACGACGAGGGCUAUCCAGCCACGCCCGCCUCCAUCUCCGGCAGCUCGGUGUGACGUUGUCAGAAAGCAGCGGAGCUCCCAUUGACCUCCUCUACCAGCUCAUCCAGGAGAGAGACGGCUCCCUCCCCGAUUUCAAAGCAGACUCCGCUGUACCUGAGCUGACCCCUCUCAAAAAAACAUCUCAGCAGGAGUCCAGGACACCUUCAGUACCAGAGGACAGUAGUGAUUCCUACAAAGUAGGGAGUAGGGUCAUGACAACUCCACAAAAGAUGGAUCAUCAGGGAUCUCCAGCUAGACUGAAAGACGCAGCAACCUCUCUCCUCCCAUCAUCCCCCUCUGGUCUUAGGCUGGUUGAGUCUAGAGCUAGUGAAGGCAGCAGCUCAUCCUCCUUAGAGCACCAAACCACAACCAAGCCACUGUGGGCGCCGCUAGACACUGACGCCCCCAUCACCUUAGACACCAACGAUGAGGUCCAUGUUUGCCAACUUUGUGGCUGCUGGUACGAGACACGCAAAGGCCUGGCCAGUCAUGCUAGGGCCCAUCUGCGCCACAUUGGAAUCCCUGACAGCGAGAUCAAGGGCAGCCCUAUUGGUCUUCUUUACCAGAUCAUGGAGGAGGAGGACCUCAAGCCCAUCAGCAGCAAGCAACACAAGGAGCACACCUCAAACAGUUCCCCUAGAACCUCCUCCAAACGUCCCUCCAGUCUGUCUUCUCCACCUGCGUCUCCUCCAUCCAAACAGCCUAAAACGUCGGAGGAGUGUACCUGUAUUCUGUGCGGGGAGGAGUUUGAGAAUCGUAAAGGCCUGGCCUGCCACGCACGUGCUCACCUGCGUCAGAUCGGAGUGGUUGACCUGCUGGGGAAAAGCUCUGCAAUUGACACCGUCCAGGAACUGGUCAGCAGUGGCAUGCUGGAAGCCAUACACCCCCCCAAAACGAACAGUACAACCAGCUCAUCUCCAGCCCCAGCAUCUCCUGCAGCCUCGGUUCUGUCUCCAGCUCCAGGCCAAUUGCGGACCUCGUUUCCCUCCACAGCCCUCUCCCGAAGCCCUGCAAAGUGCAUUCAGUCUCCUCAAAUUCCUGCUAACAGGGCCCCAAAGGCUAAGAAAGGCUUCCGGCUAGCAGUGGACCCCCUUCACAGGAAGCCCAAGCCUGAGCCUGUGGAGAUCGAGGUGUCUAACAGCAACUCUCCCAAACAGAAGUCGCCUGCUGCUGCUGUUGCUUCAAAGCCUUUUAAUGCAGUGUCCUCCACAGAUGUACAAUCCCUGCCAACAGUCCUUUGCGAUUUCUGUGGCCAGCUUUUUGAGACCCGCAAAGCCCUGUCAUGCCACGCCCGCGCCCACCUGCGCCAGCUCGGCCUCACCUGGUCGAUCAAAACAUCGCCAAUCGAUCUCCUCAAAGAGGUCAUGAUGCAUGGUGAAGAAGACAGGAAAGAGUCUGCUCGCAGCGGGUCAUCAGGCAAAGCCACGUGGACCCCUCAAGGCUCCAAAAAGGAACCAGCCACCAACUCCUGCGCCUCACCUCUCGAUUAUUCCAUGAAAGAGAAAUCCCUGUCUGGCAAGAGUGGGGCCUCACACACCGAUGCAUCCUGUGAGCUUUGUGGGUUUGAUUUUGAAAAUCGCAAGGCCCUGGCCAGUCACGCUCGGGCCCACCUCCGACAGCUGGGAAUCAUAGAAUGGAAGGCAGACGGAGCGAGUUCGCCAAUCGAACUCCUCAGUGAGUUGAUCCGGAGGGACCCAGAAAAGGUAGCAGCAGUAACCCGGCGCUAUCGUAUGGGAGACCUUUACAUCAAGAAGUCCCAGAGAAGUGCUGCUUCGCCCUCUCUGUCCACAGACUCUGACUCUGUGCCCGGCAGCAGCCUGAGGCAUUCGGUGCAGCACCCUGAGCACAAGGUGCGCAGAGAGGACUCGGGUGUGACUGCCGGCUCAUCUAGACAAUCACAAGGACACACACGUACUGUUGCAGUCCACAGGGAACCAGGUGUGCGCUCCCCAAGGGGGGUCCAUCCACCAAAACAUGUAGUGACUGCACGGGAAAAAAAUCAGGACACCAAUUCCCAGCAACCAUCACGGUCAGGCAGCAUCCCCGCUUUGCUGCCAAAGCCCCCACUAACACCACUGGUCAAACUGGUGGGCAAAAUCUACUCCCUCAAGUGCAGGUUCUGUGAAGAAGUCUUUCAUGGACCUCUGUCUGUUCAAGAGCAGUGGAUCACACACCUGCAGAAACACAUCCUGUCACUGGGCUACAAAGGCAAAGCAUCUCCACCUGCUGCACCAGUGGCAGCUCCAGCACUCGUCCAUCCAGUAGCUGUCUAGUCCACAAAAUCUUUCUGUAAUUUGCAUUAAACAAGGUCGUCAUUUUGAAAUGUCAUGUCAAAAUUAGAAAAUUAGAUGUUCCCUUUUUGUCCUAGAGAGGGCAAACAUGAGCCAUAUGAGGAAAGCAGCCGAAUGUAAUCCACUCUGGUAAAAUCCACUAGAUACAAUAGAUCACAAUACUCAGAUCACUGGAUGUUUUUGGGAAAAAAAAAACAUCCAUUGGUUCAUCCCCCAUUUUGAUGGUCAAUGCUUUCCUCCUGCUGCUCAUAAUCCCUUCUAUUUGUAUAGAUGUUCAAUGUGUUGUGAACAUAUGUAGUGUGAUUCAAUGUUGGCAUGUCCCACACUGAGAGAACGAUCCUGAUCAAUGAUUUUCUCUUUUUGUUUUUGUCCUACUGAGCAGACUGGUAUGGUCGCCAUUUCACUGUGAUAUACUUUCUCUCCUUUAUAUGCCUUUGAAUGGAGUCUUGUUUUAUACAUCUAUUUUUUAAGUAUUUUAUUAUAAAUCAGGAAGGAUUUAAGUUUUUGUCAACUGGAAAUGUUUUUGAAUAACACAACAGUGAUACCAGAAAGUUACACACAUACAGCAAUUUGAAUCCAACUGGUGACAACUUGUUUGAAAAAAAAGGUCAUCAGUAAUGUAAUGUCCUAAAAAUCUAAGCCUCAACCGUCUUGACCAUAGAGACACUGUGUUUCCGCUCUUGCCAUGUCCUUCAGGUAUAACUGCUAAUCAUGUACUGUUUCUGGUCUUUUGCAUUUAUUUUUUUAACACUUAUGUAAAUUAAAUUCUGUCUUGUAUUUGACCACA